UCACGUCACUGUGACCUAGGAGCACGCGAAUGGAACCCACAACCAUGGGCCUCUCUGCACAGGACAGCUGUUCGCCCCAGGAAAUCAACUUCUUUUUUUAUUAAGAAAAGCUGGAAAGUUAUUUUAAAACAGAGAGAGAGAGAGAGGUAGCUCGUCCUAAAAAUAGCUGUAAUGCAAAAGCUCAUUAUUCAACAAUCCGUGUUGCUUACGAUGCAAAAAAAAAAAAAAUUAACAACUUUAAGUUCAGCGAAUGCAAAGUUGGAGAGCUCGAGGGAAGGGAGGGGCUGUUUGCCAGGAAACCUGUGACUGUGGCUUUUUAUGAAUGGGGAGGCCUCGCCGAACCCACAAUAUAAAAGGGGGACACAGUAGGUGAAGGUCUGCACACCAGGGGCUCUCUCUUGUGACACCAAACCACAAGGCCAACUCUCAGAAGGCAGAGCUUCGCCAUGCCCAGCCCAGCACUUCUGUGUUUCCUGGUCUUCCUGGCCGGGGUAGGAGCCAGCCGACACCAGAGCACCCUGUCUGAGGACAACUGCACCCACUUCUCAGUCAGCCUGCCCCACAUGCUCCGAGAGCUCCGAGCUGCCUUCGGCAAGGUGAAGACUUUCUUUCAAACCAAGGACGAGCUGCACAGCAUAUUGUUGACUAGGUCCUUGCUGGAGGACUUUAAGGGUUACCUGGGUUGCCAAGCCUUGUCCGAGAUGAUCCAGUUUUAUUUGGAGGAGGUGAUGCCCCAGGCUGAGAACGAGGACCCAGACAUCAAACAGCACGUGAACUCCCUGGGAGAAAAGCUGAAGACCCUCCGGCUGAGACUGCGGCGCUGUCAUCGAUUUCUGCCCUGUGAAAACAAGAGCAAGGUGGUGGAGCAGGUGAAGAGUACCUUUAGUAAGGUAAGUGGAUGGCAGCAGAAAGGGUUUGGGGAACGUGACCUCUACCCACUCCCCAAGUCGUCAGGUGCUGAGCAGGCCCCGUCCUUCUCUCAAAGGGGGUGUGGGAACCCCACAGAUGGUGUGACCUCCCCAGCCAGUGAGGAGCUGCCGCCUUGGUUAUAUUUGUUUUCUGUGAAGUGUCUUUGGGGGUUUCUAAAUGACUGCUCCCCGCCUUUGCAGGCGGGUUGAGGGUUGAGACAGCCAGCCAGCCUGCGAACGCAGUGAGCUAGAUGCUGGGGAGAGUGACAAAGGAAACAGAAAGUAGCUUGUUGGGAAUCUAGACUCAAGCCACACGUGCAGGAAGCCAACACGUGAAUGUGCACACACAAACACACCCAGGGGUUCAGCCUGGACUCCCCAAAACUCAGAGCAGGAAGUAGCAUUCUCAUCGACCUGGAGUUGGUCCAUACUCACUUUCCAGGUGCCGUUCACACCUGCCAAAGUGCCUGAGAAUGUCAGCUCUCAGAUUGAGUGGGGUUUCACGCUUCCAACUGUCGGUGAACUCUUCAACCCCACUGCCCAGAAGCCAUGUGGUCUUGUCCUCUUUGUGGGCUGGGGACAGACACUGGGCAGGGUUCUGGCAUCAGGGGACAUAAACCCCCUGAUAAUGGGCCAGAGGAGCAGGGCAGGGCCUGCUCCGUCCAAUGGUGGGAGAGCAUCAACAUAAAAGGGCUCCCUUCUCUCUUCUUACUGUCUUGCUGUCAAAGUUGUUCCCCUAACGUCUUUUCUCCAAAUUCUGAAUAAGCGUCAUGUGAGCACAUGACCUUUAAAAUUGUUGAAAAGGCAUCAUUUUGUAGACUGUGCCUUAUGAAGUGAAUGUUCCUCUUGUUACUUGCUAGUCAUGUUUUAGGUAAACAUGUAGCCUUUCCCAAGGCACUGGGAAUAGCCUUGGGCUUCUAGGCUCCGUCCUUCACCUCCCAACGCAUGGGAGCAAGGGUAACUCCUGGGUCCCUGAGUCAUGCCCAUCCAAACCAGGGACUCAUUUGCUCACUCAGAUGGGGCUUUCACUAAACAUUUUCUAUCUCCCUACACAGCUCCAAGAGAAAGGUGUCUACAAAGCCAUGGGUGAGUUUGACAUCUUCAUCAACUACAUAGAAGCUUACAUGACAAUGAAGAUGAAAAUCUGAAACAUGGUGGGGAACGAAACAUCCAGGAUGCAACUCUUCUGGACUCUAGGACAUAAAUUGGAGAUCUACAAAAUCCUACUCAGGGAUAUGGGAGAACCAAACAGCUCCUUGGAGAACCCGGUCAUACCUCUCUCUUAGAAUAUUUAUUACUUCUGAUACCUCAACUCCCAUUUGUAUUUAUUUACUGAGCUUCUCUGUGAACUAUUUAGAAAGAAGCCCAAUAUUAUAAUUUUUUUCAAUAUUUAUUUUUUUUCACCUGUGUGUAAGCUGUUUAUGUAGGGUGAUACCCUAUGAUAUUUGAGUAUUUUAAGAGAAAUUGUAACUUAUAUAAGGAAAAAAAAUGUUUCUUGGGGAGCCUACUGAUGCUUCCAUUCCAAGCCUGACCAUACUUAUAGCUGUUGAGCUAUUGUUCCUGACCUCCCUAUAAUUUCUCUGGGCCUGGGGCUCCUAGAGUAUUGUAAAGACUCUUACCCUCUUAGGAGGAGAAACUAGGGAGCCCCUUUGAUAAUUAAUAUUCCAGUGGCUCAGAGGGAUUCCCUUGACCUCAUUCCUCAACCUCUUCAUUCUUGAAAGCUGUGUCCUGCUUGUUAUUUUAUAACAACCUAAAGUUGGUUCUAAUAGAACUCAGUUUUAACUAGAAGCAAUUCAAUUCCUCUGGGAAUGUUACAUUGUUUGUCUGUCUUCAUAGCAGAUUUUAAUUUUUAAUAAAUAAAUGAGUCUUAUUAAAAUUA